AUGUUACACUUAUUUGCAUACAUUUUGGCUGACAGACUUGACCGAGAACAUCUGUGAGUAGAAUAUUUUGAGAAAAAAUGUUUUUUCGAAAAAUUCGUUGCUAGAAAAUUUCAAUUGAAUGUCACUUACCGUAUUCAGAAAUUUCGUGCCAAAUAUUACACUUUGUUAAGAAAAUGCAAUGUUUCUCUUCAAGAAAAACUCAAAUUUCUCAUUAAAAAAUGUUUUGAUCAAGAUCAUUAUUUUUCAAAAGCCAUUCUGCAUUUUAAUUACAUUUCACUUUUUGAAAACAAUGCAACUUUAUUGAAAGUUUUACGAUUUUCAUUGAAAAAAUGUUUUUCAAAUUUUUUCGAAAAGUUCAUUCACCAUUUCCUAAUCAAUUAUGAAAAUAAGUGUUCCGGUGUUUGGUGAAAAAUAUUUUUCCAAAAAAUUUCAAAACUGGACUAUUUUUCAAUGGUUAUCAAAAAGAAAUCACACAUCAUUUUUUUAUAAAUGAAAUCAUGUUGUUGUGUUGAAAAAAUCUAUUUUUAUAAUCCAAACAAUUUCAAAUCCCAUUUUCAGACUUCUUCAAGAGCAACAACGUCAAGCCCAAAUGGUGAGUUCUUAGCUGCUCAAAGAUUUAUCCUAAGUCCCACGUGAAAAAGGGCCUUUUUCUAAAAAAAAAGAGGAUUAACUGGGCGGGGCUCAUAAGCUACUGUACUUGACAAAUCAAAUCCUCACAAAUCGACAUUUUUGAGCCAACAAAUCUCGUAUUUUUUCUAUUUCCCAAACUAAAAAAAAUCGAAUAAAUUUAUUUUCCAGGUUUCUCAAGCUCAAGUUCAGGCUCAAGCUGAAAUCAUGAGUGAUUCGCAAGGUACCGAGAACAAUGAGGCACCACCAAGUGUUACGCAAGAGUUCUCUUGGCAUCCGCCACUUGUCUGUAAGUAUUCGCUCAUGGGGCCAAACGAGCAAGAUAAGGAAGCCAUAAGUAAUGAUUCAAAUGGUGUUACUGAGGUCGUUGAGAUGAGUGGAGUCGUUCAAGGUUUUGGGUAUAAAGAUUUUCCCGUUUCAAGAGUUAAGCCAAAAAGAGUUGAGGUUAGUGAAGAAAUUUCAUGAAAUUAUUUUUUAUCACAACAUAUAUUUUCCAGACCGCAAGAACCAAUUUUGUUGCGCCAAGAAGAACUGAUCCAGCCAACCGUCGGUUGGUCAAACGCAGAUCGAUCAAUCUCGAAAAAUACUGUAGAAACCUUCAGGUGGGUUCAUAUAAACUUCUGAAUAAGUUUUCCACAGCAUAAACAUACAUUUUCAGAAAACACCCAAAUAA